AUGUCACAAUUUCAAAUCGAUUCAUCCGAUUGGAAAUUUAAAUUACAAAAAGAAAUCAAUGAACCAUCUGAUCCACGAUUAGCUAUUGAUGAAUUACGUACAUUAAUUAAAGGUGAUAUUUUUUUGAAAUCAAGAAUGGAUGAUGCAUUUAUGCUUAAAUUUUUAAGAGCUAGAAAAUUUCAAGUUAACAAAGCAUUUAAAUUGAUACAAAACUAUUUUGAAGCUAAAGAAAAAAAUCCAAAAUUAUUCAAUUUGACUUUUCCAUCCAAGAACAAAGUUUUUUUGGAGAGCGGGACAGUUUUUAUGUUACCACACAGAGAUCAGCACGGGCGUGAAAUUUAUGUUUUUAGAAUGGACAAGGUUUUACCUGGAAUUAGCAUAGAAGAUGUUUUUAAGAUAAACUUGAUGAUUUUGGAAGUUAUAUCUGAACACCCAGACACUCAACUUGCUGGUAUGAUUGCAAUCGCUGAUUUUACAGGAUUUAAGUGGUUGAAACACUAUCAAUAUUUAUCACCUUACUACGCUAAGAAGUCUGCUGAAGUUGUGCAAGAGAGUUUUCCAUUAAGAUUUCAAGGCUUUCAUUUUAUCAACGAACCAUUAUACUUAUACACCGUAUAUUCAAUCAUGAAACCGUUUUUGAAAGAAAAAUUGCGAUGUCGGGUUCAUUUUCACGGAAGUAAUUUCAAUUCUUUACACAAGUACAUUGCUCCUAAUAUUUUGCCAACAUAUUUUGAUGGUAAUUUGGAAUUUGAUCCUAUAACUUGGGCACAACAAUUCUUGAGUAAAGAACAGUAUCUUAAAGAACUAGGACAAUAUGGAUACAACAGGUGA